UCGAGUAUGUACUUGGAUGUACUGUAUCGAUUCAUCCCUAAAAACAACAGAACGCCUUUUAUUUUUACCUUCAGCGGGAUAAUUGUUACUAUAUACUAUCUUUAUUGCGAUCAAAUGUUUCAAUAUUUGCAGAGUCAGCGUGUAAAUAUUCAGUUACUUCAAGAAUCCGCUUGUAAUGAGAUUGUUAAUCUCUUGGAGCUCAUUGAUGGUCCCAAAUUGCUGUUAUUGGAUGAAGAAAUACUGGGCCCUCUUGGUUUGGUGGCCUCACCAAACCUGUUUUCUGAACGGAGUGUUAAAUUACUAAAAUUCGGUGUUGAAACACAGCUACCGCGCGAUGCCUGUAAUGUAAUAUACGUCGUUAGAUCACAACUCUGCCUAAUGGACAUAUUAGCCGAUCAUGUAAAAAAAAAUCUAGAUAAAAAUCGGCAAUUUCACAUUUAUUUUGUACCAAGAAGGUCCUGCUUGUGUAUCAAACACUUGGAGAAUUUAAAAGUUUAUGAUAAUUUUACCCAAAUAAAAGAAUUGGAGUGGAAUUUCCUGCCCGUAGACAAUGACAUUGUUUCAAUGGAAAUGUCUUUCGCUUUCCGCGAUGUUGAAGUAGAUGGUGAUCCGACAGUCUUGUAUCAGGCAGCUGUAGGCUUGGUACAAUUACAACGUCUCUAUGGACGUAUACCAAAGAUUUAUGGGAAAGGCGCCAAUUCGCAAAGGGUUUGGGAGCAUGCAAAACAAUUAGGCGCGGAGGAAAAGAUUUGGAAUGGCGAUAAAGGGCUAAUAGAUCAAAUUAUACUUCUGGAUCGCUCCAUUGAUAUUCUUAGUGGUUUAGCUACUCAACUAACAUAUGAAGGAUUAAUCGAUGAAUUUUUCGGAAUUAAAAAUAACCAACUUUCAUUACCUGCUGAACACUUUGCCUCACGCGCAGAAGAACAAAGCCCAGCACAGCCUCAACUUGUAUCCGGAAAAAAGACUAUCUUUUUGAAUUCAGGAGAAAAGUUAUACGCCGAAUUAAGAAAUAAAAACUUUAAUGAAGUUGGCAAAAUUCUUUCUCGGAAUGCGCGUGAAAUUAGUUCCCAAAUGAAUACAAAUGCGCAAGAUGCAUCUGUACAAGAUAUGAAACGCUUUGUAGACAAAUUGCCGGCUUUGUUGGCACAAAAACAGUCUGUGGCAGUGCAUACUUCGAUAGCUGAAUUAAUCCGAAAAGAACUAGAUGCGUUCGAUUUUUCUGACGAUCUUGCGGCCGAGCAAGAGUUUAUGAUGUGCGAAGACAUAGAUAAAGCCAGUGCCUAUAUUGAAGGCUUAAUUGCAAAAAAAGCAGACAUCCGGAGAGUUUUGCGUCUGUUGUCUAUGCAAUGCGCGGCCGCCUCGGGGUUCAAAGAGAAGGUUUUAAAUUAUUACAAACGCGAGUUGGUUCAGGUAUAUGGUCUUCAUGUUCUGCUGAAAAUAAGCAAUCUGGAAAAGGCUGGUCUUCUUUACACUCAGUCGGAAUCACGCUCUUACGCAGUGCUGCGCAAGACUCUUAAUUUAACAGUAGAUGACGUUGUGGAAGUGGAGCCAAAAGAUAUAAGUUAUGUACACAGCUUUUAUGCACCUCUCACUGCUCGUAUUAUCGAACAGACUAUAAAACCGUUAGGGUGGCAAUCAUUGAAAAGUCAAAUAAAUAAUUUGCCAGGACCAACAUUUGAAGACUUUCAAGCACAGUUAAUAUGUAUUGGAGGUCGUCACAAUUCCUCUACUCCAAUCGAAGGUUCAGCUCUCAACAUUCCUCGCGUCAUUAUGAUAUUUUUCAUAGGUGGUUGUACAUUUGCGGAAAUAGCAGCGCUCAGAUUUCUUUCGCAGCAGGAAGAUAACAAUGUUGAAUUCGUUAUAGCAACUACAAAAAUUAUAAAUAAGCAUACAUUUAUUGAUUGUUUAAUGUAAUAAAUCUG